AUGGAGAUUUACUUGCGUCUGCCGAAGGAAAAGCGCAAAAACGUGAAGCAGGACACCCAGAGCGUGUUGGAGCAGGCGGAGGAGACAAUGAAGUGGAUUGAGACCGUGCGAUUCAUCGUGCCACGAGAAGAGUGGUCGACAAAGCUGAAAACGAUGGUGACGGACUACUCAUAUGCGAAGACUGGGCACUACUCCCACUACAUCAAGCCGCACCUACAACGAGUCGCAGCUAGCGUGGCGAAAAUCGAGGGUCAGCUGCCGCACCACAGCAGGGAGCUCGACCCCACGGACAAGGACGUGCUCCUUGCGGAGCCUACCGACGCGAUGAGAACCAUCAUCAACAAAGAUCCAACAAUGAGGCCCAAACUCGUGGAGUUCGAUCGGAAACACCAAUCCGUCAUGGACAAGGCGAACCAGCUCAAACUACAGCACAGCCGACCGACGGAGAGCAGGAGCAGCAACAGCAACGAGGGCGCUCGGUCAACCCCGGCGGGAUCGCCCGGCACUCCUUCUUCUCCAGCUAAGGGGUGCACACAGUGCGACGCACCGCUUGGUUCAUGUUACGAGUGCGACAAGUGCCACGUUUACCACACGGGAGGUUGCCGGAACACGACGGCUCCAGAAGGCGAGUCGGAGCUACUACGACGAUGCAAGGAUUGCGGAGUGAGCGCGAGCACGACGGUGCCGAACCCGGGGGCUGGGAAACGUGAUGCCCCGAGUGGUUCUGACCAUGGGGGUAGUCCGUCCACCCCGUCCGGCAAAGGCCGUGAGCCUGACCCUGAGGGGAGCAACGCGACCAAGAGGAGGCGUGGUCCUGGGCGCGCCCCGACGACUGACAACAUACCCACCCCGAAACUACCGUCGUCGCCCGAAAAGGACGGCAAGAGCUUCAUGCUCGCGUGCAGGGACCAGUGGACCUACAUGCACGAGCUGAAUGUGCUGAGGGAUGACUUCCGUUUGGAUGACCUCGCCAUGCUGAAGACGAAGCGGAAGGUGAUGCUGCUCUCCAUUGCACCCCAAAGGCAUGGAUAUGAAGACGUGGAGAGAGCGCCUGUUAAAGAUCUCCUACUCCGCUUGCGAGAAGCUGCACCCGAAGGGCACCGUUGUUGCCCUCGUCCCGCAGCCCUACUACGACCACGCGACGGCGAUAGCCGGUGGGUUCACGAUACACUCCGUAAUAUGUUUGUUAUAGCUACGUAUCAAGUGGGCGGCGACGUUAAUUGACGCCUGUCAGUGA